AUUGUUUCGGACCACCAAGAUUUAGGCAGUUUCUUACUCACACAAACUCUGUUUUAUUCCUUCUAUGGAAAUCAGUCCCCUUUUCUUCAAACCGACUUUGAAUGCUAUCUUAAUCGAAACAUUUCCAAACCCCAUUUCUCAAAAGCCACAGAACCCAAUCGCAGUUCUUCCUAACCCACCAAAAGUCCAAAACUUUAUCGGGAAAGGAAAACAAAAACACGUAUUUUCUUCUUCUUAGCUUGGAAGCUUUGGUGAUGGAGAUCCCAGAAGAAUCAAUGGUGGAAGAGAGAGAAGAGUUGAUGGUUUCACCACCUGGUGGCAACCCAUUUCUCAAAAAAUCCUACUUUUUAAAACCCACUUCGCAAAAUUCCUCCAUUGAUGAACUCCAUUUCAAGCUCCAAGCUUUAAUCUCCUCCCUCCCAUCCCGUUUUGAGCCAGAUACAUGGCCUUUGAAGGUCAAUUUCCCGGGAUGGCCGCAACUAGAGAGAAAUAGUUGGAAAACUUGGGUGCAUCGUAUGGCAUAUGUGCACCAAUCUACGUGGAAGAAGGCUGGUAUUUAUGAAGCAGUCCUCAAUUCGACGUACCAAAUACGAAGACAGAAGGGUUUGGUUUUCGGGUUUGGUGAGAAAUGGUGUUCUGAGACGAAUACGUUCAUUUUUCCGUGGGGUGAAGCAACAAUCACAUUGGAGGAUGCUAUGGUUCUAGGCGGUUACUCGGUUUUAGGGGACUCUGUUUUCAGCCCUUUGAAAACCACAGAAGUCAGGGAAAUCAACAAGAAAUUAGUUGAAGGGAGAAAAGAAAUUUACUGGAAUAAUGGACAGGUUACCACACAGAUAUGGCAGAACAAGUUCAUGAACAGUGGGAGUGAAAUCGAGCACGAAGCGUUUCUCGUGUUUUGGUUGUGCAGGUAUGUUUUUCUAAAUCCUCCAUAUCGGAUACAUAACACUGUUUUCUCUAUAGCAAUUCAUUUAGCUAGGGGGACCCGAAUUGCGCUUGCACCGGCUGUUCUUGCCAGCAUUUAUAGAGAUUUGGGUGUGUUGAAGAAGGCAAUUGUCGAAUCGAACAGAUUAGAUAGAAGUAGUGAUGCUGUUUUAGACCAAACCCUCAAGUCACCGUUGCAGUUAGUGCAGGUAUGGGCAUGGGAACGAUUCUCGGACCUUAGGCCAGAAAACCCCAAUCCUCUUAAAUAUGGUGAGCCAAGAAUGGCAAGAUGGGAUAAAGUAGAUGGUCUGGAAGUUGGAAACUUGAGAAAGGUUUUAGACUCCGCCGGAGAGGACUUCUUGUGGCGCCCUUAUGCAUUGGAUGUCGUUGAGAACUGGUGUUUACCCAAAUACUAUCCACAAGAGGAAAAGUGGGUUUUGGUUGGUCCUGAUUUGGAUGAUGAGUUACUGUCAUUUGUUAGAUGCUUGAGCGUCUGUGAGCUAGUUGUAUUUGGUGGUACUACAGAGAAUUAUCUUCCGCAUCGGGUAUCUCUACAAUUUGGUUACGAUCAAGACCUUCCUUGUUCUAUUACUCAAUUUAAUCAAGAUCCCUAUAGAGCCUGGAAGCAUUACAUCAAGAAAAUAAAGAACGUAAAAUUGUAUCUUCCAUCUAGGCUUUCGGAAGCAGAUGUUAGCACAAGGUACUUGAAGUGGUGGAAGCAAUCCGUGGCAGGUCCCAAGGAUGCAUGUGAAGCAGCUGUGCCACAGAAAAAAAGAUCGAAGAGAACAAAGAGUAAGCAAUGGUUUCUAUUGAGGGCUAACUACCCCUCCGUAACUCCUGGUUUCCCUCCCAAAGGUGCAACAGAAACUGACGAUCUUAUGGAUGAAGAUGAACAAACUAUAUUAGAGCUUUCGAAGGAUCCAGUGGAUGAAGAUAAACUAACUAUAUCGGAACUUUUGAAAUACAGUAAGAAGGAUGAAAGUUUUGGGAUUAGACAAAGUAGUGAGAGUGUGAAAUUAUCAGGUCAAGAUCAGAAAUUGGCAUGUCCAGUUGCAGAAGAAAGUUCCGUCAAUACCAUGAAGUUGGGUGAGGAUAUUGUAAGCACUGUAGAUAACGGAUGUGCUAGCAGUAGCACUUUAUUUGAGAAACGAUUGUGGGAGCUUAAUUCUAGGUGCACGAGGCUUGAAAGUUUGGUCAGCGAGUUAGAAGCACAUUCAUUUGGGUGCAACUUUUGGGAAAGCUUUUAAAAGAAGCGCUUGUUUAUGUUUGGUAUGUCCAAAACCUGGCUUUUAUUACCGUGUUUUUGCUUCAAUAUCUUUGAUAUGAACACAUUCGUCUUUUUUUCCUUCAUUACUUAUGUAACUGUGUUUCUAAAAUUGUAAUAAAGUAAUACUUUUCGUCCUUGUAAUGUCUUGCAUGAUAUGCAACUCGAUUUUUAUUUACGUCCUUGCUGCCUGAAUUUGGAUAUUCUGUUUGCUUGUUAGCUGAAUGACUCCGUCUUUGUAUCUGUGUGCUCGUUAUAAAGGCAA